AUGGCCAAAGUUGGGAAGUUGACAAAGCUUAAGUCAGCGAUAAAGAAAUGGCCUUCCUUCGCCAAGAACCAUCAUCACUCAUCGUCAUCGGCCGCCGUCUCCGACGAGCUCUCAGAGGACAGCAAUCUCCAUGUGGUUUAUGUUGGUCAAACCCGACGACCUUACAUGCUUAGACCAGAUAUCAUCGCUCACCCACUCUUCCAAGAACUUGUGGACCGUUCUUCUAGAUCCGGCGAACAAGAUCGUGAGAUUGUGGUAGCGUGUGAAGUUGUUUUGUUCGAGCACUUGUUGUGGAUGCUCAAGACUGGUCAAGAAGGAGGAUCCGUUGAAGAAUUGGCUGAGUUCUAUACUUAUUGA